AUGGCCGCUGCAUCUGGGUUGACUGAAGAGCAAAAGGCGCAAUACAAGGAGGUGUUUGACCUCUUCGACAAGGAUGGGACUGGUGACAUCACCGCCCAGGAGCUGGGCGAGGUCAUGAGGUCCCUGGGCCUCAACCCAAGCGACACAGAGCUGAACGACAUGGUCAACGAGGUCGACGCCGACAACAACGGCACCAUCGACUUCAACGAAUUCCUCAACCUGAUGGCCCAAAAGGUCCAGAUUGGCGAUGCUGAGGAAGAACUCAAGAACGCUUUCAAGGUGUUUGACCGCGACGGCAGCGGCACCAUCUCCGCCGAAGAGCUGCGUCACGUCUUGACCUCGCUAGGCGAGAACAUGACCCCGGCCGAGAUUGACGAGAUGAUUCAAAUGGCCGACAAGGACGGUGACGGGUCGAUUGACUAUGAUGAGUUUGCCUCGAUCAUGAUGCGGGAAUAA